AUGCGGUUCCAACUCUCCGAGCUAGACCCCAAAUCCGACGCUCUCUCCGAGUUCGUCACCUGCCAGGUUACCCGUUUCGGAGAACCAUCCCAGCCGAUUUACCGGUUCUUCUACCCUAUCUUUGGAGGUGAACCUGAGGCACAGAAGCAAGAGGCGCUCACAAACCUCAUGCAACUGCACCGGGAGUGGGCUCGCGAGGACCCGGACUCCGUCUUCCUGCAGAUCAGGGAUCGUGAUCGGGACAACCAGCUUGUUGCCGGCGUCUAUUCCAAGGUCCACAGGCAGAAGCCGCAUGUUUACGAGCUGGGGCUGGAUUCCUGGCUUGAAGCGGCUAUCGCAAUGGGGGUGACGAUCUACAGGCGCCACGGCCUGCUGCGACAGAAGUGGAGGCCCAGGAUGCAGCCUCUGCGAUACUGGCCCAUGUGGCGGCCUCCUCAUGGAAAGAUAGAACUCGGGAAUACGAGCCCACCAUGGGGCGAGCUGAGUACGAAUAGGAGAUUUUUGGGCAGGCUAUGAUAUCCGAGGUGGCGAGGAAACUUGCCUAUCCGGCAAUUGAAAACUACGCUGGUACCGAUCGCCUGUACAGCUACUGUCGUGCGUAUAACUUGGCAUGCUAUUACCAUGUGGGAUACCUGCCCAUCAUCCCGUUGAACCACGACAGUCCCGGGGCUGUUGUUUCCCCUUUAUUCAUCUGCCAUCCACUCAAUGCCAUGCCCGGUCCUCCGUCAUGCAUGACCACAUGGAAUCUGUUUUUAAGGCACAUUGACCUCACCUGCUAGAUCCCACCCUGCAUAGUGUGGGUCAGACCAAUCACUGUCGUUGAUCUUCAAUAUCAACCGGCAGUACAUGUUACGGC